CUGAACUUGACCGAUAUCGCGUCUUUAUGCGCCGGAGGACCCAGCUGUUACACGAUCGGAGGGAGAACUUGAGCGAGAACCAGACCAGAAUAACGACAACCGUCGAGCGCAACGCGCCACCUUCAACUGAUCUUACUUGGCAUGGGGAAUCGUUCUCCAAGCGAUUUCAGCUCCCUGUGAUGCACCUGCCGCCUGGACAACUGAAAGUCGUGCUCAUUCUGGCCCUGCUGCAGGAGCUGCAGGUGAAGCCGCAAAGGGACCUGUUCCAGGGCCUCUUCGAGAAGGAUCUGCAACUGUGUCCCGAUUGCUUUUCUGGACAGCGCGAGCAGUGCGAGGAGAUAUUCCAGAAAAUCGCAGAACCCUCGGACUGGAGCAGACUUUUGAAAGCCAUCUCCUUGCUCGUCGAUCGACGGACGAUUUACUUUCUAGAGCUAAAGGAGGAUCAUAAGGAAACCAAAGUAGUGGCAAAAAGAAAGGACAUUCAUGUACAGAAACAUGAAGCAGAAAUCGCGGAAAAGGAAUUCCUUGAGCUUGAGGAGCGACCUGGUGGCUUCCAUCUUUGCCGAACUUCUUUAAGUAAACCCCGAUUUGUUGAUUACUUGUCGCGGCGUGGCCAUGCCUCCGCCAGUACCUGGUUCUACAUGAUGCACUAUGUUAGCCCGCUGCUAAUGCAGGAAUUGUAUUUGCUCGAAUUUCCAGUGCCCAAGACAUGGGCAACCUGUGGUCUUACCCAUUUUCAAUCCUACGCAGGACGUACUUUAAUGCAUUAUGCUGACGCGGAGGAAAAUCUUCGCCUGGAGCUGUCUCGCCAGUUGCUCCAACUAUCCCUUAAGCUGACCUUUGGCUUUUCGGACUUUCGCAUCUACUUAACCGAUUUCACGGCUGAUAAUUUAGCCUAUGACGAAGACAGCAAGAAGGUGGUUCUCAUUGAUUUGGACUCCUUGGUGCUGGUGGACGCUGCCUCAACUUCUGGACAGGCACAGAAAUAUGAGCCGCUGCCUGGCGAGGGAUUCACCUUCAAUGUUUCGGCAUUCUGCUCCGGUCAGCAGCUGGAUGCGAAUGUCUACCAGGCGUGCCUUCUCCUAAGGGAUGUCCUGCUCAAGACUAUAGACAACGAAAGACUUCAACUGCUCUUGGAGCAGUGCGUUGCCUGCCAAGAUGACCUCUGUGAUAUGCGCUUUCAGCAAGCUUACGACUUGAUAAAACUGCUAGAAAGUUAGAAUUGGAGCCAAGGAUUAGAGAUCCACUAGUAGUUAAU